AUGGCCGGUAUUAUUUCCGCUGCCAAUAUUGGUGGCGUGGCCGACCCUCGUCUUGGGAAUGAGGCUGAUAUUAUCGGCACCAAGAAAGAGCACGAGGUUGAUCUGCACCAUGAAUUGGAACCUCCUAACUUGAACGGUCCCGGCAGUAUCUACUUGGACUCCAGCAUCACUUUUGAGAAUUAUCAUUACUGGGCCAACCGAUCCCGUGAAGCUGAGAAGUUUAUUCGUACCGACAAUGUAGGCUUCUCGGCAAUGGGUAAUCUCCUCCGCAAACGCAAGGACAAACGGGAAAUAGCAGCCGCCGAGCUCACUGAGCCCACUGAGCCCGAGCCUGUCCCUGAGAUGGCUCUCACCGACGAGAAGACACCCGCUGCGGAUGCACCAAGAAGCGAUGAAGGGUCAGACAAAUGGGGUGUCACUGAGACGGAAUGGGAAACAGCACAGAGAGCUGCCCGUACCGCCACCUGGGGAUCAAUCUUCUAUCUGAUCACCACUGAUAUCUUGGGUCCUACCAACGUGCCUUAUGCCAUCAGCAGAAUGGGAUACGGCCCUGGUUUUGCGCUCUACACUGCCUUCGGUCUGCUGGCUGCCUACUCCGGUCUCCAGCUGUGGCGUAUCUUUGUCGGUCUUGAUUCCACUCGUUUCCCCAUGCGUAACUACGGUGAUGUCGCAUUCCGUGUGUUUGGCUCCUGGGCCCGCAUUGGUGUCAACAUCCUGCAAAGUUUCCAAUUCUUCCUCAACGUUGCGUUGUUGAUUGAGAGUAACGGACAAGGUCUGGCACAGAUGGUUGCUGGUGUGAACAACACCGGUGGUUUCCUCUGCUUUAUCGCCGCCGAAGUCAUUUUCAUGGUCAUUGGAUUUGUCCUCGGACAGAUCCGAACCCUGCAACGCCUUUCUUGGUUGGCCAACCUCGCCAUUUGGGGCAACGUCGUCGUUAUCAUCAUUACUAUGGUUGUUGUCUACAAGUACCCUCCCAACUACUCCGCCGUGUACACCAGCUACGGUAUCGAGAAGGGCCCAAUCGUCACCAGCGCCAACUGGGCUGCGGGCUACGGCCUCGAGGACCGUAUCACCGCCAUGAUGAAUGCUGUCUUCGCCUACGGUGGUGCUACGCUCUUCAACGAGUUGAUGGCCGAGAUGAGACGUCCCAUGGAUUUCUGGAAGGGCUUCAUCAUCGCUGAGGUCUUCAUCUACGUUUGCUACCUGGUCAACGGAAUGGUUGUCUACGCCGCUCAGGGACAAUUCGUCUACAACCCUGCUUAUGAGGGAAUUCCCAACACCCCUGGUGCAUAUCGUUACCAGACGGCGUGUAAUGCCAUCUCCUUCGUCACCGGUGCCAUCGCAGCCCUGCUCAAGAUUGGCAAGUGGAUCUGGGUUGCCGUUGUGCCUAUCUACUGGAUCCUUGCCUGGAUCGUUGCUGCCGCCAUUCCCCAGAUUAGCAACCUGACCUCGUUCGUCGGUGCCGCCUGUAUUCUGCAGUUCUCCUACACCUUCCCUCCCAUUCUCCUGAUCGGCUACCACGUCCAGAAGGAUGCUAUGCUUCCCGAGGAGGUGUUCAACCCUCGCACUGGCAUUGCCCAGCGUGUGGAUCACGGUGUGAAGCGCUGGAUCCGUGGUUACAAGAAGAAAUUUUGGUGGAACACCUUCGACCUGAUCUAUGCUCUUGCUGCUCUUGCUACUGCUGGUCUUGGUAUCUGGGCGUCCGUUAUGUCGAUGAAUGCCACUUUCAAGACUACUACGCUCACUCCUUUCUCCUGCACUAACCCUGCUGGUUGA